AUGCAAGCAGAUCUUCAUAUCUUGACGGUAGAUGAAUAUCAAUGCUCAUUCGUCAGUGGUAACAGCAAGAAGAGACCAAACAUUGCAGCAUUGGAAGCAGCUCUUAAAAUUUCCAAAACUCUUGAGAAUUGUUUGUUAAAUGAAAGAGUUCGUGUGUGCAUUGGAGUAUCAAGUGGAAAGACACAUGUUGGAAAUUUAGGAAAUCAUCAAUUGAGAGUUCAUUCCAUUGUGGGCCCUUUGAUUUCCAAUGCCAAAAAACUUUCUGCGUUGUGCCAAAUCAUCAAUGGAUGCUCGAUAUUGGCAGAUGCAAACACCUUGAGUAUGGGAGACGCAAAGCAAGCGUUUGUAGUGAGGCCUGUUGAAAGAUUGGUGGUCGAGAAUGAUGCGUUUCAUGGAAUUGUCUCAUCUGUGUAUCAUGUGAUUAAGGAAAAUAAUGUUGAGAAGGAUGAAUGGAUGUAUGAAUUGGAACAGCAAAAAGCUAACGGCAGGUUCAAAGAUUUUGAAUCUGCGUUCUCCAUCUUUGAACAAAGUUCCAUUACAGAUGACGUGGCUCUUGAGAAAAUUCAUGAAUCCCAAAAAAUUCUCCAAAAUCAUUUGGAGAAAUAUCCUGAAGAUACAUUCACAACUAAUAGAAUUCUAAAGGUUUUGGAAACCAUUUGUGACAGAUCCAAACGAGAAGGAAGAGUUAGUCACGCGCUCUCAAGCUACAGAACUGUGGUAAAAAAGAGCUUUGAGGGAGUGACAAACAUGUCAAAUUUAGUUGAGAUUGACUCCGCUUCUUUUGAAUGA